CCCUCGGGCCAAGUGAUUCAGAGCAAACGGUUGACCUCUGACGUCACAGGACCACGGUGACCCUCCCGAUGCUAUAUAACGUUACGGUCUGUACGCUGCUGACAUUCUCCCAGGAAGACUUCAGACGUAGAAUGGCCUCCCUCACUGUGCUCGCCUCGAUCUUGCUGGUGUGUCUCCUACCCUUGGCACUGCCCUUCCCCACCUUCCAGGAUAGUAUUCCCAAUGGUAAGAACGUGGUCAACCCGUGUGACAAGUCUCCUUGGCCUGGUGUUGGUCACCAAGCGAGCCAGGGCGGUGGACCAAGAAACCCUUUCGGACUUGAUUUUGCUGCAGCCGGUAAUGCGUGGACGACUGCCCUGUGCCAGAAGGACUCCGAUGGUGACGGUGUGUCCAACGGUGAGGAGCUGGGCGACAGCAGCUGCCAGUGGAACGCCACCAACCCCGUCAACCUCGCCAGUCCUAAAGGACAUCCAGGUAUCUGUGAGCCUGUUGGAUCAGCUAAAUGUGGAAACAGCUGGUUUGCUUGCCCUUCAUAAUCUUGACCGUGUCAAGUGUUGGGACGAAGGGCCGGCAUGGACAUCUCAUAACGAUAAUCUGCAUGAAAGUGAACACUUGUCACAAAUAAACUGUCUGUGGUUACCAGGUUGUAAAGACUUGCUGCGAAGCACAUAAAACAUUUCAAACUCUUCGAAGCUUUGCCAGUCCCUCAUAAUUUAUUCAUUAAAGAAGAAAAAAA